GAGAGCGGUAGAUAGUUUUCUAAAAAAGGUUUUAUGCGCACCCUAUACUGUAUACAUAAACGGAGGGAAGAGAAAUCCUAGCAGUUCUCUUGAUUCCAUUUCACUGUCGAAACGAUACUGGAGCACUUUUUUUUGCACAUACCUAAAGGAAAAUCCCAAAUAACGAGCACCUAGCGACUUUGUUUAAGUGCAAUAGAGGAACUGUACGAGACAGUUUACCCGUACACGGUGCGUUGCGGAGGGAUUUAGAAAUAAAAACAGUGCAGUUACAUUCCCUACCACUUCAUUUGCGCUGGAUACGGGGAGGCUUUUGACUUUUUUCAUCCCAGUUUACUGUCUCAAAACAACCGUAUUCUCGUCUAAAUCUGCUGAAGAACCUGACGGCUAAUGUCCAGUCAGUCGUCACGUGAAUCACGUACCCCUUGUUCAUGCGGAGUCCUGUUGAAUUAGACCACUCACGCUGACGGGCCGGGCGGGGCACUAAACGGACACACUGGAAUUAGCGUGACGCCGUAACAGGGCAGAAGCCAUCAUCCCACAGAACAUACUAAAGGCCCGGGGAAGUCAUUAGCCACCACACACAACAGGACACUGAUCUUGUCCGGUCCAGUCCAUUCGUCAGUCCCAGGGCCAGCACAGGGGGGUCGCUCCGGAGGCCAGAGCCCAUCCGGACCGGGACCCUGUGAUGUCGCACUGACUGACCCCCCUCUCUGCGAAUGACCAGCAAGCAUCUGAGGGUGGGGCCCGCCUCAGUCUCGCAUGAUUGGCUGCUGGAUGGAAUUAAGGUGAAUGGAACACAUGCCCAAGGAGCAGGACCCUAACCUAUCAGAGGGAGAAGAGAAACUGUGGAUCGAUGGCCCGAAAAGGAAAAGAAAGAACAGUUCAUGUUCUGUGAAGAGCAUGUCUGAAAUGAAUGGAUACGGACAGACUGGGUCAGAGAGUACAGGGUACAUCCCCAGCUACCUGGAGAAGGAUGAACCGUGCGUGGUGUGUGGAGACAAGGCCACUGGCUACCACUACCGCUGCAUCACCUGUGAGGGCUGCAAGGGUUUCUUUCGGCGGACAAUUCAGAAGAACCUCCACCCCGCCUACUCCUGUAAGUACGAUGGCUGCUGCAUCAUCGACAAGAUCACCCGCAACCAGUGCCAGCUGUGCCGCUUCAAGAAGUGCAUCGCAGUGGGCAUGGCCAUGGACCUCGUCCUGGAUGACUCUAAGCGGGUGGCCAAGCGGCGUCUGAUCGAGGAGAACCGGGAGAAGAGGAAGAAGGAGGAGAUGGUGAAGACUCUGCAGAACCGUCCGGAGCCCACCGGCUCAGAGUGGGAGCUGAUCCGCAUGCUGACCGAGGCCCACCGCCACACCAAUGCACAGGGCUCCCACUGGAAACAGAAACGCAAGUUCCUGCCAGAGGACAUAGGUCAGUCUCCCGUGGCGCCCACGUCGGACGGAGACAAGGUGGACCUGGAGGCCUUCAGUGAGUUCACCAAGAUUAUCACCCCUGCCAUCACCCGCGUCGUCGACUUUGCCAAAAAACUUCCCAUGUUCUCGGGGCUGCCUUGUGAGGACCAGAUCAUCCUAUUGAAAGGCUGCUGUAUGGAGAUCAUGUCGCUGCGCGCCGCUGUGCGCUACGAUGCAGAGAGCGAGACGCUGACCCUGAGCGGCGAGAUGGCUGUCAAGCGGGAGCAGCUGAAGAACGGCGGCUUGGGCGUGGUGUCGGACGCCAUCUUCGACCUGGGCAAGAGCCUGGCGCAGUUCAAUCUGGACGACACGGAGGUGGCGCUGCUGCAGGCUGUGCUGCUCAUGAGCUCAGACCGCUCGGGCCUCACGAGCAGUGACAAGAUCGAGAAGUGCCAGGAGACCUACCUGCUGGCGUUUGAACACUACAUCAACUACCGCAAACACAACAUUCCCCACUUCUGGCCCAAGCUGCUGAUGAAGGUGACGGACCUGCGUAUGAUCGGGGCGUGCCACGCCAGCCGCUUCCUCCACAUGAAGGUGGAGUGCCCAACUGAACUUUUCCCCCCGCUCUUCCUGGAGGUCUUCGAGGACCAGGAAGUGUGAGUGGCGCCACCCCCGCUGCCAAAUAGUAGGGUGGCGACUUGGGAAGGAAUGGCUGUUUUUCUGGAGCGGGGGAAGGUUUUGGCAGGACUUGUGUUUCUCCGACAUUUACGUAGUAAACAACAAACAACAGGCAACAACCACACACCAGCAGCAGAGGUCAAACAAACAAUGAUUUUUUGCUUUUAACCAACCACCUCUUCGUACCUGUUUUGGGGAAUCAGUUUGGCGGCCCUCCCUGUCUGAGCAGUCUUAUCCAGUGGGAGUUGCAUCCCUUUGCCGAGGCGCGCGCACGCACACGCACACACACUCUGGGUCCCUUCCCAGAGCCUUAUCGGCGGCACCUCAUUUGUCACUCGCCACUAGAUGGUGAUCUUCACAGCUUUGCACCGGUUUGAAAUGAUGGCAACCAUGUUUUAAACUGGUCCGCUAAUUUCAGUCUCAGAAUUAGUGUAAAACAAUAAUUCAGGUGACGCUGUCACACACAAGCAGAGGUCCUGAGCGUGUGCCAUAUAGCGCCUACCAUAGAGCAAAGCUACCAGUACCUACUAUCAUCUCCCAACGCAACUGAGCCAUGAGCGUGAUCAUGUUUGAAACAAGUCAGGUGCUAUGUUUAUAAGUCUCCUUUAAUUGUCUGAAAUGUGUAAAACUACAGACCAUGGCUCUGUAUCUACCUUCAGUUCUGUCAUUAGGCCGGUUCCUGUGACUCACACACACACACACACACACACACACUGGGCAGACGUGCCUUGUCAUUGCCUGUGCUGCUGGUGCCAGCAGUAGACCCUCUUAUGAAUGACAAUUGAGCCCUUCUCUCUCCAAGAAAAGUCAUCGCAGUGAAGGAAAGAGGGGAAGAUGGAAGGGGGCCCACUGUCGGGGAGAGUUCUCAGAGGAGUAUGAGUGAAAGAGAAGAGGGGAGGAAUAGGAUGAGAGAGAGAGAGAGAGAGUUAAAUCACUGGCAAGUAGACUCCAUAUAGCAUCCAUAUAGACUCCCACACUAUGUCUGAAUAGCAGUGAACAAGGCAGGCAACUCAUGUCUCUCACACACACACACACAUCCUCACCUCAGAAACUCAAACGCCAUGUUGACUGUACACAUUGCAGUGAUGUAGCCCUGACCUGCAGGGUAAGUUAGUCCGAGUCUGCGCCUGUGUGACUCAGCUCAGUAUGGCCCCUCCAAGCUUCCAUACUCAGUUGUUAGGGUAGCGGUCACUGAGAAAGGGCAAGGUCAAUGACGUCUGCCAUUUACCUCAAAGUGGGCACACCUUCAAGGCUGGGGAGCCGCAUCGCUCCUGUGCCGACAGGCUCUACCUCACCUCUGGACACAGGGCAGCAGCCCCCAGCCUCCUCACCCACCCAUCUACACACACACACACACACACACACACACACACACACACACACACACACACACACACACACACACACACACACACACACACACACACACACACACACACACACACACACACACACGCACACACACACACUCUUAAGGAUACUCAACAAACACACAUAUGUGCAUGGGUGGAAACUCAUAAGCACACAUACAUUAAGACGAAUCCCUCAAACACACAAUCUCAGUACUACCACUCAGUUGAAAUGAAAUACCACUGAAGACAGGAGGGCCUGCCCUUCCCUAUGGGGACCUCAUUGGUUUCACUGACUUCUCUCCUCUUUUUCGGGGGAACGGGGGAUGGUAUAACCAUUACGUUCGGCUUUUCUCUUUUUUUGUGAUGUGGGACCAAGUGUCACUAUUCAAAUUUGGAGUCCCUAUUUUGUAUUUUUUUUUUUCAGUUGAAACAGAAGCCAAUAAAUCACACGACGGAGGAAAUGACAUGUACAGUCCAGCUGUCGCCCUGGAAGAGGAUUGGCUGGAGAAGCGAUACACCGCGAGCAACCGGAGAACCCCAAGGUUACCGGGCCGUAGACGGGCGGGUUUAGCACUGUUGAGGGAACAAAAAAAAGUUCAAAGAGACAACCAAUUUUCAUUGAACGCUAAGCAGUAGUUUGUGAACGACUAAACGAGGCGGCGGGAGGGAUGAAUGGAUGGAUGCGUUUCAGCAUUCCGGGAGCAUGUGGAGGAACGCGUGAGGACAUGGAGCCGAGCGUUGAGUGGGACCAGAAUGGCAGGUAGCAGACGGCCAAGCCUAACUGCAGCAACCUCAACCGCCGUAGGUGGAAUCAACCCGAAAUCGACUGUUACCAGACUUCAGAGCACUCUAGUGGAGCAGCCAGAGCCCCCUCACACUACUGCAGUAGUCCCAACCCCUCUCUCCACCCUCCCCACCCUCAUCAGCAACUAUACAACCCCUAAUCCUCAAACCUAGCUUCAAGUCCUAUGUCAGGCAUGCCCCCUCCUCUGAGAGUCCUGGCCGACUCUGUAUAACAUAGGCCACUGGAACAGGGCUCCCAACUAACCAUGUCACAUUUUCAGUAUUAAACCAACAGACCUCCUCCCCAACCCUCAUCCACUCUGGGCUGGAGACAUCCCUGGGUGAGGGAGGGAUGGUCCGGGGUCUGUUUGUCACUCAUCCACUCUCCUCUCAGCAUUGGUCUCCAAGUCUACCCAGAUCUAGCCCCAGUACAUACUCCUUCCCCUGCCCAACCACCCAUUCACCCAACUCAAUGUAGGAGGCCAACGGUAGGUCUGAAAAAUGUACACCAAACUGAAUCCAUGCCUCUCCCUUGUGAGACAAGGCUGGCCAUAACCGCUCACUUAGAGCGACGUUACCGAAUGAAUGUGAACGGCAAAAGCAGCAAUGGGAGCGAGUGAAGGAGAGAGCGUAAGGGAGCGGGACAGAAAGAAGGUGAGGGCAUCAGUCCUUCCUUCCGUCCUUCGUAUGGCGUGGGUUGGAGGGGGACCGUCGCCCGUGGUCAAAGCUCCGUUAUGAACUCAGAGGACGGGGAGAUGAUCAGGUGGUCUCCCCCUUAACUCCCUCAUUGAGGCAGCGAGUCCCCACCUUCGGCUCUCCAUAAAGGAGAGCCACCAAAUUUCACAUGGAGACGAUCGGCAACAGAAACAGAAGCGCCAUUCAAUGGAUGCGGGUAUGAAACUCCAAGCUUCGUUGACAAAGAACGAAGUGACAGAAGAAAAAAAAAGGUCCUUAGUUCCUGUGAGCCGAUUGGGUGUGUGUGUGUGUGUGUGUGUGUGUGUGUGUGUGUGUGUGUGUGUGUGUGUGUGUGUGUGUGUGUGUGUGUGUGUGUGUGUGUGUGUGUGUGUGUGAAAUGGUUGGUUGAAAUGCUGCUUUUACCUUCUGAGUUGAAUUUUUAUUGAGAAAGACAUAUAAUGAUGAUAGUGAUUAUGUACCCAGAAAAGUGAAAUGAGGAAUAUAUGACUUUAAAAAGACUCCUGAACAAAAGUCGAACGCUUGGAGAUCUUUUCCCCGUCAUUGUAUCUCAACGUUUUUUUUUGUGUGAUGCUUAUGUAAAAUUCUUUUUUAACGCUUAAACUGCUUUUACGUAAAAGAGAGGAAAAAAAGAACAGCCGUAGUCACUUUUUGACCACGCGUGCAGCGUAACGUAGACAUUUUCCAUCACCUAUAGUUUGUGUUGAUAAGCCAACUGUUCUGUUGUCUGUGCAUCUGUCUGAUUGUCCGUCCCUUUUCAGGAGGAAUUUACCACAAACAAAAAACAGGAAGAUUCUUUUUAUAUAUAUAUAUAUAUAUAAAUAUAUAUAUAAAUAUAAUGUUUGCUUUUUUAUGAAAGAAGACUGAAAGAAAAAAAAUUCACAAGCAGGAAAAAUAAUGCAACCGAAACUGAAACACAAUCUUCUCAUACCUCACACAACACAAAACUCAAAAAGGAACUUGGCGGGAGUGAUGAUUCACAGGCACAUGAGGAAGUGCGUAAAUGCAUAUUAAAAAAAAAAGAACAUUGAGGUAUAUAUGUGCUUGUGGCGUGUACGCAUCUGUAGCGAUUACAAAAAGACUCAACCACAAGCCUUGGCGCUCGCUACCUAUUAAAUUGGUUCUUGGAAGAUUGUGGACCCAACGUAAGUAAAGUCUCGCAUCAUCAACAGGUGCUGAAAUGGACUGCUGGCAGUUGGCCCCUCCCAGGUGUAUCCACGACCAUAGAUAGUGAAGUCAAAUGUGAAUGGCCCAGAGCUUG